AAUAUAUUGAAAGAAAGCAAUCAAAAGUUUUCCGAUCUUAUAGUACCUUAUUUCCCUUCCAUCUAACUUGGUAGAAAGAUUUUCAUUGCGCUACGUGACCCGAUUAUUAUUUCCCUGUGCGUCAAUAGCAACACAUAGACCAUAUAUAUCUAUAACACAUAUUUAUGGAGCAAUAACUAUUUUCCAAUAAGCACAUUAAUUCCAAACGAAACUAAUCGAAGUUAUCGAUCAACUAUGAUUCAUACUAAGGGAGUUGAAUUAGAAGAUACCUGUCCAGACGAAAGAUCUGUAUCUAGGUUGUCAAGACAACUGUCAUUUGCAUCAAGAAGAAAUAACACGUUAAUAUACCAACCGUCUAAACUUGAUCUUAUUGACGAUACAACUUUGACUUCAUUACCCUUACCACCACCACCUCGUACGAGACACCGCCCACAAGUUCUCGGAGAACCACUGCAUGGGUCUGAGCAAUCGUUAAACCUGAGAGGAUCCACUAGCUCGAAUGCCCCCACCCCACAAGAAGAAUAUGAGAUUAUGGUACCAGAAAUUACUGAAGAUGAAAGCUUUUUCGAGGAAGAUGAAAGUGAAGAUCCCAUAGUAUUAGUAGAGGAUUACAUGUCAUCAAACGGGAGAAAUUUACUGAAUUCAAAUUCUUCAAAUAAUGGAUAUCUGAUCAAAUUAAAUCAACAACAUUUACAAAGAAAGAAAUCUUUGGCUACUUUUAAGCUGAAGUUAUUUUCUCAGAAUGAUGAUAAUUAUAGCAUAUCUGGAGUUUCUGUAUCAACAACCUCUACUAUAGAUGGACUGAUGGUGCGGAAUUCCAGGGGUAAUUCAAACCUUACGCAUAGUAUUACUGAUAAGUCUGGAGGGAUCUAUCAAGGAUCUCUGAAUAUGGGCUUUACUUCUAAAUCUUCAACUACUUUAGAAAGAAUGGAAGAAGUAUUUGGGAAAAUUCCCGGAACUGAUACUUUAAAUUAUUGUGAUUUAUGUGAAAAACCAUUAUAUGAGUUGAGUGCAAUCAUCAAUAAAAGACAAAUGAAGGGGAACCACAAUUUAAAUGGAGGAGGAGGAGGAGGAGGAGGGGACCAUGAAAGCGGAGACCAUGAAAAAGAUCAAGAUACAACAACUACAUGUAAUAAAUAUGAAGAGUUUGUCUGUUGGGAAUGUGUUGAGAACUAUGAACAAUUCUAUAAUGAAUUAUUUCAAAAUAAUGAUGAACUGGAAUAUCAAAAUGAUAUUGAAGAUUCUAUAGAGAAAACCGAAGAUUCAAAGGAUCCCUUGACAAAUAAAAGAGGAUUAGAAAUUCUAGAAAAUUCUAAUGAAAGAAUCAUUCAAAUAUUCAAAGAUAUCCAAAAAAAAUAUUCAACAAAUAAUAAUAAGAGAAGUAUGGCGAGUGGUAGCACGUCAUCAAGUUCAUCAUCUAUUCCCAAGGUCAAUGAAUCACCCAAAAGAGUAAAAGUUGCAUUUUCUAAAGGUCUUAUUGAUAAAUUACAAAAUUUAUCAGACAUCCCUGCAGACAAAGUUUUACUCGAACCUACCAAAUCAAACGAAUCUGAUAAAGAAUGGCUUCAAAAUAUCCAACAAAAACUUAGAUGGAGAUGGAGAUUCCAGGGAUUACUUCCCAGUGUACUUAACAAAGUAUCACCCACAUAG